CUGAAUCAGUUUUUUUUUUUAAGAUGACGAACCAGAAUGUGGUGGUUUCCGACGGAAAAUCAGGUAUCAACAUGGCCAUAACGGCGGCUGCCGUCUCGGGUUCUUCCCUCUUCACCACGGCGGCGCAGAAGCCGCCGGCUGUUCCCGGCACAUCCUACAUCACCAUCUCCAAGAAGAAACUCCUCCAGAAUCUCGACAUCAACGCCGCCGCCGCCGCUUGCGGCGGCGGCGGCGCAAGAAUCAACGCCUGGGUCGACUCUAUGAGAGCUUCCUCCCCUACCCACAUGAAGUCCCCUCCUCCCCUCUCCGGCGAUCACCAAACCUCCUGGACUAUGCAGCAUCCAUCAGCACUGGACAUGUUCGAACAAAUAACAAACGCAUCAAAGGGAAAGCAGAUUGUUAUGUUUCUUGAUUACGACGGCACCCUCUCCCCCAUUGUCGACGACCCUGAUCGUGCUUUCAUGUCUGAAUCGAUGAGAGCAACAGUGAGGAAACUGGCUAGAUAUUUUCCAACUGCUAUUGUUAGUGGGAGGUGCAGAGACAAGGUUUACAGUUUUGUGCGUUUGGCAGAGCUUUAUUACGCUGGCAGCCAUGGCAUGGAUAUCAAAGGUCCAUCAAAAGGCUCCAUACAUAAGAAAGGUGCUGAAGCUGUUCUUUUCCAGCCUGCUAGUGAGUAUAUUCCCAUGAUUGAUGAGGUUUAUAAGGCACUGUUGGAGGUGACAAAAGCUACUCCAGGUGCUAAGGUUGAGAACAACAAAUUUUGUCUCUCUGUACAUUUCCGCUGUGUUGAUGAGAAGAAAUGGAUUGAAUUAGCUAAGCAAGUAGGAUCAGUGAUGGAGGGGUACCCGGAUCUUCGGUUGACACAAGGAAGAAAGGUGUUGGAAAUUCGUCCGACUAUUAAAUGGGACAAGGGGAAGGCUCUUGAGUUCUUGCUCGAGUCACUCGGGUAUGCCAAUUGCGCCGAUGUCUUUCCUGUUUACAUCGGAGAUGAUCGAACCGACGAAGAUGCAUUCAAGGUACUUCGAGAGAGAGGGCAAGGGUUCGGGAUUCUCGUCUCGAAGACUCCGAAAGAAACGAAUGCGUCUUACUCUCUGCAAGAACCGACCGAGGUGAUGGCGUUUCUCCGACGUUUGGUGGAUUGGAAGAAAUCGGCGUUGAGAAACCAAUUCCGGAUGAGACGAAGGCUCGAGGAGAUCAAUAUGUUCUUACCAAAUUAAUUAGAGGGAUUAUUUAUAUAGGAUAUAUGAAGAAGCAUAUAUGUAUAUGUUUAUGUAACUUUUGUUGUGUUCUAAUUUAGUUGGAGUUUCUUAUAUGUAAAUUAAGCAUGUUCAAGGGCAAAUGUGUAAUUUCAAGAUUUCAUCUAAUUAUAUAAAUAGAGUUCUCUCUUAGUAUC